AUGGCGAAGUGGAGUUUCAUUUUUCUCGUCUCUCUUCUCCUCGCCGCCGCCCAUAAGGCGGCGGCUGCUAGGGUUCUUCCAGGUGAUAACGCCGCCGGCGCGGGUCUGACUGACCAGAAGAACUUCGUCACCGUCGGUGGUGUCGGGGGCUACUCCGGCGUCGGCAACAACGGCAUUCCGUUCGGCGGCGUCGGCGCCGGCGUGGGUACCGGCGGCGACAUCGGUGGGUCCAACGGGUUCAGCGGCGUCGGUGGGGUGAUCGGAACUGGGCCCAACGGUGGGCUGGGCGGUACUGUGGGUACCAUCCCUGGAGGUUUUGUGAACUUUGGCGGGCCUGGAGGUGGCGGGCUGGGCGGCGCCGGAACCAUCCCUGGAGUCGGCGGACUUGGCAGUGGCGGGCUGGGCGGCGCCGGAACCAUCCCUGGAGUUGGCGGGCUUGGCGGUGGCGCGCUGCCGUCUCCUUAA